AUGGAGAACUUCUUCGAAGCACACCUCCAUCCAGCCGAUACGUGCAACAUUUGCACUGAGCACUUUAGCGCAACUCAUAAGCCUGUUGCGCUCCCAUGCCAACACAUAUUCGGCCACAAAUGCAUCAGAAAAUGGUUUAUCGCUGGUCGAGGAAACACAAACGCCUGCCCCAUCUGCCGCUACGUCUUGGUACCAAAGAAGAGCCCUCGCAAAGCUUUCAACAUACCUUCGGUAUGGCAGGCGCUCUGUGACCAGCCACCCGACCGCCUGGAGGUGCUCAUGGGCAAAAUCUGGUCCAGACUGCAAGAUCUUUGGCAGCAACAUCCCAAAGAAUUCUUUAACGUCACUUCAAUUCUCGAUCAAGCCAUCAUUCCCGCGCUCAUCUACACCACCCGCUGCACUCGACCUUCCAACAACCGAGAAAAUGACCCCGUCCUGGACUGCUACAACCUUGUUGCCGCAUCUUGGGACUCGUUGGGACGGCCGAAUCUAGCAACUGGGCUUGCAGUCCCGCUGGUGCGCCUGGCACGUUUGAUGGCCAGCGCAGGCGCCAUCCUGCCAAAAUGGCUAACAACAAACUCACGUACAAACCGACUGAUUUGGCGCGCAAACGCUUGCUUACCCAUAACGGUCGAACACAUUUCCUGGGAAUACAUCAUUGAUGGUGCCAAACUCACGGCUCCACGCUACUUUCCAUUACUACACCUCUACACUGUCUUUAUCAGCCAAAGCAUCGCCCACUUCCCAGCGCCACAGCCUUAUCCGUCCAAGAGACAUGACGUCAUGAAUUUGGUGGUGGAGCGGUGCUGUGUCAAAAUCGGCGGAGGGGGUUGUGCUUGGCGAGGCAAACCCAGCAAUGCGUUCAAGGAUACAUUGGUGGUCAUCUAUGAGGAGCUACGGAGAUACCAACUGGAGAAGGGCAAGAUGAGCCUGCGAGGUCACGAUGACGAGGACUUUGUCGUCAGGGGCAUAUGGGCGCUUGCCUCCUGGAGUACCGGCAAAGUAAAAACAUGA